AUGGGCGGUAUUCUGGCGGACCCGCUCUUAAAUACAAUUAAUGUUAUAAAAUCAAUAAUAUCUGAAAAUGAUCAAGAAAAUUUAACUACAAUAAAUCAAAACAAACUUCGAUCACGUACAACUGAAUUUUAUUAUGUUGCACAACGAAUAUUUCGUAAUGCAAUAAGAAAUCCAGCAGUAGCAGCUUCUCAAACAAUUAUUUGUACUAUAUUAGCUAUUCUUACUGGAUUAUUAUUUAAUAAUAUGAAAACAACAACUCAUUCAAGUAUAUCAGAUCAUCUUGGUGCAAUUUUUUUUAUUUCUACACAUCAAACAUUUUGUACAGGAGGUGCUUUAGAAGCAUUAAUUAAAGAACGAUUACUUUCUACAAAAAUUCUUUGUGAUUUAUUUUCAAUGCGUUUUAUACCUUCAUUUAUCUUUUCUAUAAUUGCUUAUCCUUUAACUGGUUUUCAACGUUCAAUUAAUCGAUUUCUUAUUUUCUGUCUCACUAUAUUUAUCAAUUCAAUAUUUGGUUCGGCUGUAUGUUUCUUUAUUCCAGCUUGUAUUUCUGUAUCUGCUGUAGCUCUUACUGCAGUUAUACUUUGUUUUACAAUGAUGAUGGUUCUUAGUGGUUUUCUUGUUGAUUUAGAAAAUAUGUUUACUUGUCUUAAAUGGACUAAAUAUAUUAGUGGUAUUCGUUAUUGUUCAAAUAUAUUAACUAUUAAUGAAUUUAGAAAUUUAACAUUUUGUUUAUCUAAUAAUACUCAUAUAUGUCCAAUGAUAGAUGAACAAGUAUUAACAGAACAUAAUAUUCCACAUAAUACAAAUUGGAAUAUGUGGAAAAAUUUACAUUUUAUAUCUAUUAUGGCUCUAGUAUUUUUUUAUUAUGGCUUAUAUUCGACUGCUACAAAUAAAAACAAUUAA